AUGAACACCAUCGACGCAACAGAGCACUAUUCAUCGAGUGCCCACGACCGCCCCCCCUCUCUCCUAACCGUUAUCCUCGACACCAAUCCCCACGCCUGGGCCCAACUCAGCCAACCCUCCGCAACCGCCCUCCCGCUCUCGACCGCCGUCGCCAACAUCCUCGUCUUCCUGAACGCCCACCUCGCCUGCAACUACGCCAACGAAGUCGCCGUCGUCGCCUCGCACACCCAAGAAGCCAGAUGGCUGUACCCGGUCGCGAACCCCCCCACAAAGAAACCCACCGACAGCGAUGGCGACACGCCCAUGCAGCAGCAGCGGACCACCACCAACCGUCCACCCCCGGCCAACGAAAUGAACAAAUACCGGCCGUUCCGAAUCGUCGAGGAGCAGAUUACCCAGAAUUUGCAUGAUCUCCUGGCGACCACCACCCCGAAGGAUCUGGAGGCGACGAAUUCCACGUUGAUGGCGGGGGCGUUGACGUUAGCGCUCAGUCAUAUUAAUCGGCGGACGAUUGCGUGGGCUGAGGCGCAUGGCGGGGAGACAGAUCCAAAUGCGGCUACUGCUGGUGGUGGUGCAGGUAGCACAACUGGUGGUGGUGGUGGUAGUGCUGAAGUCACACGAUCAACAACAGAUUCAGGCUUGCAGUCGCGGAUCCUCAUCCUCUCCGUCAGUAGCGCCACGGGCUCUGCCCACCAGUAUAUCCCCAUAAUGAACGCCAUCUUCGCCUGUCAGCGCCUGCAUAUCCCCAUCGACGUGUGCAAGCUCAGCGGCGACGCCGUGUUCUUGCAGCAGGCCGCCGACGCCACCAAGGGGGUGUACAUGGCCCUCGCCGAGCCCAAGGGCCUGCUGCAGUACCUGAUGAUGGCGUUCUUGCCGGACCAGCGGUCCCGCCGUCAUCUGAUCCUGCCCACGCGCGUGGAUGUCGAUUUCCGCGCGGCGUGUUUCUGUCAUCGUCGGGUGGUGGAUAUCGGGUUCGUGUGCUCCAUCUGUCUGAGUAUCUUCUGCGAGCCACUGGAGAAGGGCGAGUGUCUGACGUGUGGCUCGACGCUGGAGAUGGGAGACUACGGCGCCAAGCCGGCGGUUGUGGCGCGCAAGAAGAAAAAGAAGAAGGUGCGUGCUGGUGCCAAUGCGCCCUCGGCGACGCCCACCCCGACACCCACGCCUGGUCCGUGA